AUGUUGGGAAUGAACGAGCCGUCCCAGCUCUAUGAAUAGAGCAAUGACGUGCACAUGGACCUGAUGCCUGGCAAGAGGGACCUUCCACAGAGAGAGGUAGGCAGCGGGAGCCGGGAGCCAUCCCCGAACCCCCGCACCGGAGCCCUGCCACAGUUCGACCAGGACGGCCCAAGGGCGGAGGAGGCGGCCCAGCCAACGGCGGAGCCACAGGGGGACGGAGCCCUUGCUAACCGGCCCAGCUCUGGGGAGUAGCCAGGCCGGCUCGCCAGCCCUGGCUUCGAGGAGAAAGACUGGGAAUUUGAUGACUGAGAGGAUGACUACGCCUAUCCGGAAGAGGAGCAGCUGAGUGGUGCAGGCUAAGUUUCAGCAGCCUUUGAAGAAGCCAAGGUGUUUCUGAGAACCUCCAGAGUAAGAGAAGCAGCUCUGGAUGGCGGGUUUCAAAUGCAUUAUGAAAAGACCUCUUCUGAUCAGUUGGCUUUUAUGGAAAAGCUUUUUUCACUUAUGGUUGUCAAUCGUUUGACCGAAGAACUCGGCUGUGAUUAGAUUAUUGAUGUGAUACAGAGUAGUUAA